AUGCCGAGAAGAAAUAGACCUGACAUUGGUCGUAGAAGUCAAAUAACACGCCAAAAACGUAAUUCGCGUAAUAACCGCACUGAUGGGCAAAUGGAGACUGAUAAUAAUGAUAGCCAGAUUGCAAUGACAGAUUUGCUUGAGUUUAGAGAACAAGUUGCUGCAAAUCGAUCACAACAGCAGCGAGCACGCGAAAAUGAAACUUCUCGAAUUCGCAGAAGCAAUGCUUCAGUCAACCUGGAGCGAGCAGCAUUCUCUUAUGAUCCGGAAAUAGAUUACAGUGCCCACAAAUUUGUAAAAAUUGGAGACAUGUCGAUCAUUUGUCAGCACUGUAAAGCCUUAAAAUACAAUGGUGAAUCUGCAGGACUAUGUUGUGCUGGCGGUAAGGUAAAGUUGCCACAAUUGGUACCACCACCUGAUCCAUUACACUCACUAAUUUUUGGAAUGACCAAUGACUCUAAACACUUCUUAUCCAACAUCCAAAAAUAUAAUAACUGCUUCCAAAUGACAUCUUUCGGAGCAACGCAUAUAGUACAGAACAAUUUCAUACCGACGUUCAAGGUGCAAGGACAAAUUCAUCACCUAUUGGGGGCACUGCUGCCAUUACCAGAUGCAGAUCAUCAAUUCCUACAAAUUUAUUUCCUAGGCAAUCAGGACGCUGAAGUUGAUACGCGUUGUACUCAUAAUCCAUCAGUAAAGCGAUCCAUUGUCCAACAACUGCAAACGUUUCUUCAUCGCAACAAUUGUUUAGUGAAUUUAUUCAAAGUGGCACUUGAUCGAAUGCCAUCAGACAGCCAUAAUAUUGUGAUAAGAGCUGACAAAACACCUGCUGGUGAGCAUGCAGGAAGAUUUAAUUCACCAACAAUUGAUGAGGUGGCUAUAGUCGUUGUUGGAGAAAAUAUGCAAUCGAGAGAUAUUGUGCUUCACCGCCGAAACAAUGAAUUAAGGCGCGUGUCCGAAACUCAUAGGUCUUAUGAUGCUUUACAAUAUCCGUUAAUCUUCUGGCAGGGAGAAGAUGGGUAUCACUUUAGUGUCAAAAUGGUUAAUCCAAUAACAGGUGCUGAAACCAAUAAAAAAGUUAGCGCUAUGAAUUUUUAUUCAUACAGGCUGAUGAUCCGUGAUGGUGAAAUAAACCACAUUUUGAUGUGUCAACGACUUUUUCAACAGUUCGCUGUUGACAUGUACGUCAAAAUUGAGACUGAGCGAUUAACAUACAUACGCUUAAACCAACAGCACCUUCGAUCUGAAGAAUACAUCCAUCUUCGUGAUGCUAUUACUGCCGAUGGUAAUGCAAACGAUGUGGGUAAAAUGACAAUUUUGCCGGCUACCUACAUUGGAAGCCCGCGCCACAUGCACGAAUACGCACAAGAUGCAAUGACAUACGUUAGAAAAUAUGGUCGCCCCGAUCUAUUCAUUACAUUUACAUGUAACCCGCAAUGGAUAGAAAUUAAGAAAGAAUUGAUACACGACCAAACACCAGGAGAUAGACAUGAUAUUACUGCCAGAGUUUUUAAACAAAAAUUGAAAUCUUUGUUGAAUUUCAUAAUAAAGCAUCAUGUAUAUGGCCAAGUACGUUGCUGGAUGUACUCAGUUGAGUGGCAAAAGCGUGGUCUUCCACAUGCGCACAUCUUAGUCUGGUUAAUUGACAAAAUGAGGCCAGAAGAUAUUGAUUCAGUCAUAUCAGCAGAGAUUCCUAAUAAAAAUGUUGAUCCAAAUUUGCAUGCAAUAAUUACUAAACAUAUGAUACAUGGACCUUGCGGAGUUUUCAACGAUAGCUCGACCUGUAUGAUUGACGGCAAGUGCUCUAAACGAUACCCGAGAAAUCUAACUGCUGAAACCAUUACUGGAAAUGACGGUUAUCCACUGUAUCGAAGGCAAUCAGUUGCGGAUGGUGGGCAAUAUGUAGUUGUGAAGGUAAAAGGACGAGAUUUAUAUGUUGACAACCGAUGGAUUGUGCCGUACUCCCCGAUAUUAUCCAAAACUUUUCAAGCACACAUCAAUGUAGAAUUUUGUAACUCUGUCAAAUCAAUAAAAUAUAUAUGCAAAUAUAUUAACAAAGGUAGUGACAUGGCCAUGUUCGCUGUUGCUAAAACAAAUGAUGAAGUUUCUGAGUAUCAGAUGGGUCGCUACGUAAGUAGCAAUGAAGCAAUUUGGAGAAUUUUUUCUUUCCCAAUACAUGAAAGACACCCUUCUGUAGUCCAUUUGGCAGUCCAUUUAGAAAAUGGACAAAGAGUAUAUUUUAACCCCGUUAAUGCCGUUGAUAGAGCGGCGCAUCCACCUCCAACAACAUUAACAAGUUUCUUUUCAAUUUGCCAAAGAGAUGAUUUUGCCCGUACUUUGAUGUAUGCUGAUAUGCCGCGCUAUUACACAUGGAACGCAUCAUCAAAGUCGUUUCAACGUCGUAAAAAAGGAACACCGGUUGAAGGAUAUCCAAAUAUAUUUGCUACAGAUGCUAUAGGGCGCAUUUAUACAGUACAUCCAAAUAAUGAUGAAUGUUACUACCUUAGGUUAUUGCUGGUUAAUGUUCCUGGACCGACAUCAUUUCAGCAAUUGAAAACAGUUGAUGGACAUCUUUGUGCGACUUACCGUGAAGCAUGUCACAUGUUGCAGUUGCUCGAAGACGAUUCGCAUUGGGAUAAUACGCUCAAGGAUGCCAUAAUAUCCUCAUCUCCGCAUCAAGUGCGUACAUUGUUUGCGAUUAUAAUUUCAACAUGUUUUCCCUCAAAUCCGAAAGAUUUGUGGAUCAAAUACAGAGAUGACAUGUCUGAGGAUAUUUUACAUAGUGCGCGUUGUCAAACAUUCAAUCCAGCACUACAAAUUACUGCAGAAAUUUAUAAUAAAACUUUGAUCAUGAUAGAGGAUAUGUGUUUAUUGAUGGCGAAUAAAAUAUUAUCAUGUUUGGGCCUAACAGCACCAAACCGUUGUGUAGAAGAUGCAUUUAACCAUGAGUUAAGAAGAGAGCAACAGUAUGAUAUUAAAACAUUGACUGAAAUAGUUCGCACAACUGUUCCAAAGUUGAAUGAUCAUCAAAGGAUUGUAUAUGAUGAUUUGAUACAAGCAGUGAACAGUGGAUCCGGAGGGAUUUUUUUUCUUGAUGCUCCUGGUGGUACUGGCAAAACAUUCCUGUUAUCAUUGCUAUUGGCAAAGAUCAGAUCGCAAAAUGACGUAGCUCUAGCAUUGGCAUCAUCAGGAAUUGCAGCAACAUUGUUAGAAGGCGGACGAACUGCACAUUCAGCAUUGAAGUUACCUCUUAAUAUGCAAAUUAAUGAAACACCAGUUUGCAACAUCAGAAAAACUAGCGCCAUGGCCAAGAUACUUCAGACAUGCAAAUUGAUUAUCUGGGACGAAUGUACAAUGGCUCACAAGAGGUCACUGGAAGCACUGGACAGAACACUGAAAGAUUUGCGUGACAAUCAAAAUAUAUUUGGUGGAGCAAUGAUUUUGUUGUCAGGUGAUUUUCGCCAAACUCUUCCAGUUAUACCGCGAUCAACUGUUGCUGACGAACUAAACGCAAGCCUAAAAUCAUCAAAUCUGAGGCGUCAUGUUAAGAAACUGCAGUUAACAACGAACAUGCGAGUGGUUUUGCAACAAGAUGAAACAGCAAAAGUGUUUUCAAAGCAGUUACUAAAUAUUGGAAAUGGUAAUGUCGCAGUUGAUGCCUCGAGCGGGUUAAUCACAUUUCCCGCAGAUUUUUGUAGCUUCACAAACACAAAGGAGGAGCUUAUUCACUGCGUAUUUCCAAAUAUAAACCAACAAUUUCACGAUCUCAAUUGGCUGAGCGAACGAGCGAUAUUGGCGGCAAAAAAUAAAGAUGUCGACGAUCUCAAUGCAACAAUACAAAGUUCACUUCCAGGGGAAUGCAUUACUUAUAAAUCUGUAGACACCGCUACAAAUCAGGAUGAUAUACUGAACUAUCCUACAGAAUUUCUAAAUUCAUUAAAAUUGCCUGGGCUGCCACCACAUAAUUUACAAUUGAAAGUAGGAUCAGUUGUCAUCAUGCUACGUAAUUUAAAUCAACCCAUACUAUGCAAUGGAACAAGAUUGGUUGUAAAAAAGCUAAUGAAUAAUGUAAUUGUGGCAAAAAUAAUUAAAGGUAAAUACAAGGGACAAGAUGUAUUGAUCCCGCGAAUUCCUAUGAUCCCAACGGAUUUACCAUUUGAUUUCAGGCGUUUACAAUUUCCAAUACGCCUCGCUUUUGCAAUGAGCAUCAACAAAUCGCAAGGACAGUCGCUGCAG